AUGAGAGUCGGAUCACGCCCAAGCAUGGCGAGUGUGGCCAAGCUGGGUCUCCUGGCGCUCUUGUGCACGCUCGCCUGGAUCCAGCUUCCCACCGCCCUGGCGCAGCGCUUCGCCAACAAGGACCAGACGAGCCUCUACAACCGCAUCCAAUCGUCCAGCCAGGGCUUUGUCGACGUCGAUGCCAAGGAGUUCGCCUCUAUCGUCGGGCUUCCGCGCGACUUUGCCGUUUCGGCGCUCCUCACCACCACCAACGGCGGCAUCAAGUGUCCGCCGUGCGUGGCGUUCCAGCCCGAGUUUGAAAAGGUGGCGCAGCAGUGGAACCGCGACAAGGCGGUCAAGUCCAAGCACGUCUUUGUCAAGGUCGAGUUUUCGAGGGCGCAGCAGGUGUUUGCGCAGUUCCAGCUCCAGCAUGCGCCCGUGCUCUACACCUUCCCCGCGCCCUCCAACACCAACGCCGUGCCGGACCACGUGUCGUUUGACUUCAACGAGCGCGGCUUUGCAGCCAAGGACGUGGCGGAUCACAUCAACUCGCUCAUGAACACCAAGUUCAAGUUCAAGCAGCCCGUCAACACCAAACUCGUCACGGCGUCCAUCACGGGCGUGAUUACGCUGGUGGGAGCGAUCUUCUUCCUGGCGCCGUACGUGCCGGUGCUGUUCAAGUCGUCCAAGCCCAUCUGGAUGCUGCUCUGCCUUGGCUCCAUGAUCCUCUUUACGUCCGGUCACAUGUGGAACUCGAUCCGCGGCGCACCCUACGUCGCCAUGGGCCAGGGAGGCAAGCCCGAGUACUUUGCUGCUGGAUUUCAGUCGCAGUACGGCGUCGAGACGCAGAUCGUGGCGGCCAUCUACGCGCUCCUUGCAUUCAGCUUUAUUGCGCUCACCGUGCUCGUGCCUGCCCAGAGGGAUCCCACAAGGCAGCGCGCAGGCGUGUAUGUGUGGAGCGCCAUCUUCCUCGCCACCUUCAGCCUGCUCUUCUACAUCUUCCGCACCAAAAACCCCAGCUACCCCUUCCGCCUCUUCUUUUAA